CGGAAAUUCCAGUAGUUGUCAAACUUUAGACGAGUUACUACUGUGCAGUUUUUUUUUUUGGUGUGUCGUUUUAUCAGGAAUUUCAUUGGAUUAAUUGCCACAAAUCAAUGUAAUUAUACUCUUAUCGUACCAUCAAUCAAUUGUAGCAAGUAUUAGAUAAUUUGGCAUGGCAUUUAAUUGAUUAGCAGUGCGAAAAAUCAAUGGUGCAUUGAUUGUGAUCGAUUGUUUUUUUUUUGUGCGUGUGCCUUUGGGUAUUAAGAUUGAGAGAUCUUAUUGCAAAGAAGAAAGAAAUAUUGUAGAGACAAAAAUUUGGCAUUUAAGUGGUAGUUCCCGUAAUAAUUGAGUGCAGGAGUUGUCUUGAUGCUCGAAAGUGGAGCAGGUACAUAGAUGUCAUCCACGGGGAAGCAGAAGAAGGGCUCCUCGGGUGUGAGGAUCCUCUGGAUUCCCGGACGGAAGAAGCACAACUACAAAGGGCGCUAUGAGCCCACAAAUAAAGGACAGACCCAUGGGCAGCACACAAAGAAAAUCGAACCAUGGUCUCUCGGUGGAAGCAAAGGACAGCGUGACUUGGUCAAUCCAGACAUGCCAGGCACUUCGGAUGUGCCUAGCGUCGCCAGUAUGUUGCCCACAACGUGUGCAAUUGGUGCUACAACGGCCAAUAAUGAUGCUUCGGAUGUGGCUAGAAGUGCUAUGGAUGCUUCCAAGUUGGAGACUGUGAAGGAGGAGGAGGAUCGUGACUGUGAGCAUGGGUAUCCAGAAGGUGGAAAUAAUACAGCAACUCUAAUUCUCAAGGAUCGCAAGAAUGGCAGCUGUGUGUCCAAUACAGAUGAUUUGGACACAAUUGAAAAUUUGAGUGAAGCGGAGGGUGUGAAAAAAUCAACAAAUGAUCUGACGGAUGGUAUUCUCUAUCCUAAUACUGUGCCAAGCAAAAGGAAGAACAAGAAAAAGAAAAAGAACAAGCAGAAACAGGAUGAAUGUGAGGAACCGAAUGAAAAAUGUGUAACAUGUCUCUAUUAUACGCUCAUGUGCUGUGAAUGUACAAUUUCUUGAAGGAUGAUAUAUAAAACUGUUUUUCAAAAUUCCUAAUUUAUAAAGAAAAAGAAAGAAAAAAACAGUUUAUUUAAGAAAUUUUAUAGAAAUCUCUCAAAAUGAAAGAAUUCUAAGAAGAAAACGCACACAAAAAAAUUCGACGGUUAACAUUCCAAGUAUUUUCAGUAUUUAAAAAAAAUAGGGCAAUGAUAAGAAAGCAUAAAAUGUGAAAUUUUCCCUGAGAAAAAAAGACAAAUUUCCAUAUUGUACAAAAAAAAGAAAAAAAAGGAGAGAAGGAACAAGAAUUUAUUUUAUUUUUCUUAGAAUUUUAAGAAAAUUGCAUUAAAAUUUAAGAAAUUUUCCAUAAUCCUUGUGCAUUUGCAAUACACGAAAAAAAAGCAAUUCAGUAAGGUCCAAACGAAAAAAUCAAACAUAGAAAAAAGAUGUGAGGGGAAAAUUUGAUAAAUUAUAUAUUUUUUAUAAUUUUAUAUACACCAAGUAAAUUUUCAUAUUUAAUUGCAUCUUAAAUAUGAAGAAAAAAUUGAAUAGAAUUUUUGCAAUAAAGUUAUUUUAUUUAUAAUA